CUUCCUAAAAAGUUCAAUCUUUUUCUCAUGGUUUUCUUCAUUCUAUCUUCCUGCGGAAAACAUGGGGGUAGUUUUAUUGGAUUUUUUUGGUCAUGGGGGUACGUCAUUUUCCAGAAAUAAACAGAAUUUGUUCCUUUUUUUCUUUUCUUUUUUGCUUUCAAUCUUGGGAUUGAAAUUCUUGACUUGUUUGUGUUCUUAUAAGAUUGUGGUUUUUUCCCUAGCAAUGAAAAGAGAGAAUAAAAGGAAAUAAAAAAGAUUUCUGUUUCCUUUUAUUUCUUUAUUUAGUAAUUUUUUGAAAGUCCAAAAGUCUUCAUAUUUUUUUCUCAUUGACAUAUAAAAGGUAAUAAAAAUAUAAAAUCCUGUUAUAGUCUCUUCCUCUCUCUAUAUAAUUUGCUUUCUUCCAUUGUUUUGUCUUUGUUUCCUCUGUGGGGUAUCCUUAUAUUCACAAUUUCACAGAGUUGGAAGAGAGAAAACAGUUUCAUUUCUCUUUUUCGCUCUUUCUCUCUCUAUAUUUUGCUUCAAUAAUCAUGACUAUUGAUAAAGGUUCAAUGCAAUCAAAUCUUGAUUCUUUCUUGAAUUGCACUACACCAUUAGUACCAUCUCAGUUUCUUGCUAAGAGUGAAACUAGAAACCUUAAUAGGCUUUGGCAUCCUAAAGAAAAGGAAGAGAUUGAAUACUUUACAUUGGCUGAUUUAUGGAAUUGUUAUGAUGAAUGGAGUGCUUAUGGUGCUGGAGUUCCUAUUAAAUUAGAUAGUGGUGAAACUUUAGUCCAAUAUUAUGUGCCUUAUCUUUCAUCUAUUCAAAUUUUCACCAGCAGUUCAUCUGUAAGCAUUUUAAGGGAGGAGAAUGAGUCUGUGUGGGAGACAAGGGAUUCUUUUAGUGAUUCAUUGAGUGAUGAGAGUGAGAGUGAAAAGCUAUCAAGAUGGGAUGGUUGUUCCUCGGAGGAAGGUUUAUUUGAUCAAGAUAGCAACUUUCAAAUGAAUGAUAGAUUGGGUUACCUUUAUUAUCAAUACUUUGAGAGAUCUUCUCCAUAUGGAAGAGUACCUCUGGUGGAUAAGAUUAGUAGCUUAGCUGAAAGACACCCUGGAUUAAUGUCAUUGAGAAGUGUAGAUCUUUCACCAGCAAGUUGGAUGUCAGUUGCUUGGUACCCUAUCUAUCACAUUCCCAUGGGGAAAACCAUUAAGGACUUGUCUACAUGUUUUCUCACAUUUCACACUCUUUCUUCUUCUUUCCAAGAUAUGGACCUUGAAGAUAGCAUGGAGAAAGGUAUUAGGAAACGAGACGAAGGGGAAACGAUCCCUCUUUCACCUUUCGGUUUGGCAACUUACAAGAUGCAGGGUAAUGUGUGGAUUUCGGACAGGAGUGGAAGGGACCAAGAGAGGCUAGUGUCACUAUUAAGCGUGGCUGAUUCAUGGCUAAAGCAAUUAGGGGUCCAGCACCAUGACUUUAACUACUUCUUGGGCAUUCGUCGUGGCUAAAAACACAAAUGUUGACUUACCAUUUGAACCCCACAAAUGGACUGAUUCUGGAGUUACCUUCUCUUUUUGGCCCUGAAUGCCUCUUUGUAAAGGCAUUAGACUCAUGUGACAGUUUCUGUAUAGGGAUUAGCUUAGUUUUGAAGGGAUAAAACUUGAGGUGAAGCUAGAGAUAGGCGUGGGCGGCGCGCGCUUAUAACUGUGGAUUAAUGGUGUAACAUGAUCAUGAAAUGACUAUGAUUAAGCCUUUUCUCUUGUGAGCAAUACUUGCACGCUUCUGCAAAAUGUUGUUUCCUUUUCUUGUAUGAUUCUGAAGAACUUUCAUUAAGUGCUUUAAGCUUCCUUUUGUACAUUUUCAUGUAAAUAUCUUUACACUUCACAUUCCAUUUGAAGUGGAGAAACAACUAAUAUGCUAUUAAUGGAAAGAAGACUACCUAUGUUGGUUUUAUUUGUC